AUGCUUGGCUGUGUCAACACAUUGAAGCACAAAACAGCAUACAUUGAAGCAUGGUGGCGGCCUAAUGUCACUAAAGGAUACCUCUUUCUCGAUAGAGCUCCUACUCCCGAGUUUUUGCCUUGGCCUUCAUCGUAUCCCCCUUUCCGAGUCAAUGAGGACGUCACUAAAUUAAAAGUGUACCCGAAAAUUCGGAAUCCGGUCCAAGUGCGAAUAGUUCGUUCGAUUUUGGAGAUAUUUAGAGAGGGUGACAAUGAUGUAAGAUGGUAUGUAAUGUCGGAUGAUGACACCGUUUUCAUGGUUGAUAAUUUGGUAAAAGUUCUAGCCAAGUAUGACCAUACUAAGUACCAUUACAUUGGUACAAGUUCGGAAAGUGUCAAGUCGAAUUUUGAUUUUUCGUUUGAUAUGGCUUUUGGUGGUGCUGGUUAUAUUUUGAGUUACCCUCUGGUGGCAGUUCUAUCAACAAAGCUGGAUGAAUGUAUUGAUAGAUAUUCAUACUCCUGGACUAGCGAUUUUACAUUACAUGAAUGUUUAUCCGAUUUGGGAGUUGCUCUAACUCAGGAAAAGGGACUUCACCAGAUUGAUCUCCAUGGUGACAUAUCAGGUCUUUUAUCGUCUCAUCCUCAAACUCCAUUCCUCUCCCUCCACCACAUCGAUGAAGUUGAACCAAUCUUCCCAUCCAUGAACCGCUCUGAGUCCAUUAACCAUCUCAUGAAAGCUGCAAAAGUUGAUCAUUCUCGUCUUCUUCAACAAACAGUAUGCUACCACAGACCAAGCAAUUGGUCUUUCUCAAUCUCAUGGGGCUAUUCUGCUCACAUUUACGAAAACAUAAUCCCUCGAAGCACUCUCCGGAGGCCAAUCGAGACAUUCUGGCCUUGGAAGAGGAACGCAAGACAACCAUUUUACAUGUUCAACACCAGAUGGCCCUUCAAUGAUCCAUGUCAAGCUCCCCAUGUGUUUUAUCUUGAUACUGUUGAUCAGAGUGUUGAAGGAAGCAAGACUGUUACCACUUAUUCAAGGGUAGCGCCGCGUGGUUUGCCGCCAUGUUCUUCAAGUGGUAAUCACUCUGCGGAUUCCAUCACCAAUAUUGAGGUCUAUUCGACUCUAGAAAUCAGCUUGGAGGUGAGAGGAAUGGACUGUUGCGACAUAGUACCUGCAGAAGAUAUGAACACUACUCGAGUAAUGUAUAGGUCUUGCAUGGAUAGUGAAUUCGUCGCAUAA